AUGACUCCAGCAGUACAAGAGACGACGGCCACAGCACAAAGAAGCAGCGAUGUUCCUCUGAAGGACAACCACCCGACAGAAACACAUUCAAAGUCCAACCCCAGCUUGGAGUUCAUCAAAGCCUUGACCAACGUGUCCGACAUCCAGGAAUGUCUUCGACAACUCGAGCUAGAAGAGACUAAAGUUGAUGCCGACCUGGACGAGUUGCUGGCAGAGCGUGAAGAAUUGGAGUCAAGCCUUGACAAACUGGAAGUUCUGGAACCUCAACUUGGCGGAUUACAACACGAGUCCAAGUCGCUCGUAAAGAUCAUUAGCGACACUUCAGGAUUGGCUGAGAGUAUCAGCGUGAAGGUUCGACAGCUCGAUCUUGAGCAAUCACGCGUUCAACUGGCUAUCAAGCACGUCGAGGAUGUUCAGGAACUUAAGUUUUGUAUCUCAGGAAUUCAACGGGCGAUGGAACAUUCAGAAUAUGAGGAUGCGGCACGACACAUGCACAAGGCCCUUGGUUUCGAUAAACGUAUCCUUGAAGGAUCAUUUGCCGAGAUCUCGGUGCCUUCAGCGUCGAACCCUGAGUAUCCCACUGUGAUGCUGGCCAAUUCCAAGGCCAAGCUACUGGAUAUUAUCUCGACAGGAUUCGAAGGAGCAACACAGAGGCAGUCAGAGGAAGAUAUCACACGGUACUUCAAGCUGUUCCCACUCUUGGGAGAGGAGCAAGUUGGACUAGACAAGUACUCACAGUUUGUAUGCGCCAUUGUCUCUGGAAAGGCGCAAACCUCUCUUGCUGGACCACCCAAAUCGCCUACGUUCUAUGCCGAUACUUUGAUCAGGCUGUUCGAGUCUGUUGCGGUCAUCAUUGACCAGCACCAGCCUGUCAUUGAGAAGUUUUACGGUCCAGGAAAGAUGCUUCGAGUUAUUCAGAGGUUGCAGGAAGAGAGUGAUACCCGGAGUAGAAAGGUUCUUGAGGCCUUUGAAGAAGAGCGCGAAAUCGCUAGGAAGGUUGCAGAGAUCAAGGCUUUCCGGGAACCCAAACGGACUACACUCCAAUCCUCAGGAACGAUCCGAAGCCUCACACCCCAACCCGGCUCGUCCAACAUCCAACAAUCUUCCGCUAUUCCCGAGGUGAUCGACCCACGCGAGUUGGAUAUCAACCUGAACGAAAUGGUUCUCAUCUCUCAAAGAGCACAUCUCUACAACCGCUUCUUGGAGUCGAGAGCUAAGUCCGAGGUCGAGCAGCUGAAGGAUGAUCAUGCUGGAGAGGCGCUGCUGGAGAAACAAAAGGACCUGCACAACGAAUCCGGACUGCUUCGCGUCAGUGGAUUGUCACGCAAGGUCGAGGAGGUCAUUGAUCAUUACUUGGCCAUCGAAGAGUUUUUCCUAAGGAGAAGUGUUGAUAGGGCCAUGAAGAUUGACGAAUAUGAUGCAGGCAAUCAGACCUCCAGCUGUGUGGACGACGUCUUUUACAUCCUCAAGAAAACCAUCUCGCGAGCUGUCUAUACCUCGAACGUCGACUGCUUGGCUGCGAUGAUCAACUUUAUCAAGAACACCCUCGAAAUGGACUACAUUUCAGUUUUUCAAAGGAAUAUGGCGAGCGUCUUUUCGAAUGGAGAUACACGGGAUGCGCGCUUCCAGUACAUGAUCCUUUUGAACAACGUCGAUGUCAGCAUCGACUAUCUGGAAAAGCUCACUGUCGAGAUUGAGCAGGAAUGCGUGUCAACGAUCGCUUCGCUAUCGGAGCAUUCGCUGGCCAAGGCAAAGGUGGUGCUCUCUGGACUUACGGGAUCUUCGAGCAGGUUCAAGCGGAUCCUGAAUCACGGUAUCGAGGAGCUGUAUGAGCGGACACUGAAGCCCCGAUUGAGACCUCUUCUUCAGGACUCUUAUAAGGAUAUCAAAUACGUUGUGACAGACGAGGAGUAUGCGGAGCAGGAGGCCCUGAACAGCUUUGUCAAUCGGUUUAUGUCAGGCUUGGAAAGCCUGGUGGAUGCGUUCAAGUCGACCUUGACGGAUGACAAUUACAAUCAAGUGAUCGCUAACGCGGUGACGACGCUGACAAAGACCUGGGAGGACAUUAUCUUUGACACAAAAUUCAACAAGAUGGGCGCUAUCCGGUUCGAAAAGGACCUCCGCGCAGCAGGCUUCUACAUGGUGUCAUUGACGUCCUUCCCUUUGCGUGAGAAACUGACGCGACUCAACCAGAUGGCUAUGUUACUCGACCUGGAGGAACUCGAGGAUUUGUACGAAAUCUGGGGAAACAAUGCUGGCGCAAUCACCUGGCGGCUGACGGACGGAGAAGUGCGGCGCAUCUUACGUUCCAGUCACGGACACUUCUACAACAUUUUGCCUUGGAUUCCGGUGGAGAAGUUCAGGUCGUCUCUCAGAGUCUCGCAGAAGCAUAUCGAAAAGGAGAUUGCGACGCUGACCAGCACCGUCUCUGAGAUAUCCAAAAAGUCCGUUCAAGGUAGCAUGGACCCCAAGCAGGUCGAGGUUGCACUGGAGGCCAUUGUGACUCGUCUGAGCACUCUGAAGCGAAAGCUCAAGGAUACUCGCGCAGAAGAAACUCUCUAUUCUCAAAGAACAAAAGUCCGCCUGCAGCACCUUCAAGAAUUCACCGCCAUCCCCACGCUGGAUUCGGACGACUUUGCCCGCUGGAGCAGAGUGCGAUUGAACCGCAUCUUGAUUGACUACAUGCUCCGCGACGGCUUCAGGGAGACCGCGACGCUCCUGGCCAAGAGUGAACACAUCGAGGAUCUGGUUGACAUUGAGCUGUUUGUCCAGUCUGCCAAGGUUGAGCAAGCUCUGAUGCGACAGAGUUGUGCAGAAUGCUUGCAGUGGUGCAAGGAGAACAACUCUAACCUCAAGAAGAUCAAAAGCACCCUGGAGUUCAGCUUGCGCGAACAGGAAUUCAUUGAGCUCGCCAGGGAGCGUCGGUCGCAAGAGGCCAUUGCCUAUGCCAAGAAGCAUCUCACCCCUUGGAAAGACACGCAUUUAAAGGAGAUUAGCCACGUGAUGGGAUUGCUGGCCUUCCCACCAGAAACCAAGUGCCAUCCCUACAAGAGGCUCUACGAUAAGUCGCGAUGGAAUGAUUUGAUCUCUCAAUUCCGCUCCAACAACUUUGCACUACAGUUCUUCACACCCGAGCCGCUCCUGAAUGUCACGCUUCAGGCAGGAUUGUCAGCUCUCAAAACACCAAUGUGCUACCAGGCGGACCAUCGUAACAUCAACUGCCCAGUCUGUGACCCUGACACCCUUGGAGCCCUCGCUACGGACCUCCCACUGAGUCAUCAUUUCAACUCCUCAAUCGUGUGCAGGAUCAGUGGUCAGAUUAUGAACGAGGACAACCUCCCUAUGGCGCUUCCCAAUGGCUAUGUCUACUCCUACAACGCAUUGGCGGAGAUAGCAAGUGUGAACAAUGGCAAGAUCACUUGCCCAAGGACCGGAGCGAUCUAUGAUAUCACGCAGAUAAAGAAGGUGUUCAUCUCCUAG